CUCUCCCCAUUAAGGUUUCUACUCUACUCUCUCUCUCUCUCUCUCUCUCUCUCACUAGUUUUUGUUUGGUGACAAGAAGUAUACUCAGCACAGAGAGAAGGACAUUGAGAAGCUACAAGAGAGAAGGAGAAGAAGAAACAUAUCCUUGCAAUUUACUCUCUCUAUCUCCAUUAAGAGACGCAACUUCAGCGUAGAUCAAUAAGAGAUACGCUCUAACGAAACUAUUUUACGAGCUUCUCACUUGAUCUCGCGCGCUUAGUUCCAUUCGUUUAGUAUGGCCGAGGCGACUGCUCGAUUCCGACUUGUAAAAUGCCCAAAAUGCCGUAAUCUUCUUACUGAAUUUGCCAAUGUUCCUGUGUACAAAUGCGGCGGAUGUGGCGCAACCCUUCGAGCUAAACAUUCAAUUGCUGACGUAGAAACUGAUGCCGUAGGAUCGGUUGAGAAAAUUCCGGAGAGUAUCGCUUUUGAGGUUUCCUCUUUGGAGAAGCAAAUGAACUCUCGCAGUUCCGAUUCUAAAGAUGGUAUUACCGAAGAGAGAUCUCUGAAUUUGUGCUCUUCUGAUCGUAAAAUUGAAACUCCUCGGCCUGACGAAUCAUCCGAGCGCCAAAAAAGUGAUACAGAAACAAGAGAUCUGAAUGCUAAGAGAGAAAACCCGGAUCGAAAAAUUCAAGUCGAAGAAGAUGAAUGCUUGAACAACCAGGUAGAAAAAUCCCCUAAGAUUACUCGGAAAGAGGAACCAAGCUUAAGGUUAAGUGACAGGAUGAACAUGAGCAGUCGCAGUGAGAGAUCGACAGCUAAUGAUGAUCGCGAUGUUCGUGCUCCAAAAGAUCAUAACCGCUUGUCGAAAAGCGCUUUUACACGCAAAGUGGCUUCGGAUCGGCUUCAAGAACGCGUCAACAUGGAUUAUGCAAAGCAAAUGUCUCUUCGACUCCUUCGGAAAAAGAUAUUGAUCAAGGUCGACGAAUUGAGAGACGAAUUGGAUGAGUUAUUCGACAAAUCGGCAGAAGAGAGGAUACGAACUCGACAAAUCACUACAAAACACCAACCAAGUGUAAACACACCUAGGAUGUUUAGAUACACCCAAGAUCCUAUUUUCGCGCAUCGGUCGACUAAUUUACAUUCUCAAAGCAAGCAAUUUGGGUCUCGCUCCGGUGAUCACUCGAGGGAGAGGAUGCACAAACCUAAGGAACAUUUCCGGCCCGUAUUAGGGGGUGCGCCUUUUGUUAUCUGUCACAAUUGUUCGAAGUUGCUGACGCUUCCGACCGAUCUUCUUGCAUCACAGAAACAACUGCGUCAGUUAAAAUGCGGGUCUUGUUCGCAAAUUCUCACAUUCUCUUACAGAGAGGGAACGCAUUCGAGCCAUCGCGCGCCUGACGACGUCGCUCAUCCAAACAGCGAGGUUAGUAGCGCUGUCGACGUCGGGACAGGGAGCGACGCAUUCGAUUCUCGCUCUUUCGGGAUUAGUUUCUCUACUGAGGCUGAGAUUGCGCAGCAUGUGUUAAGGGACUCCUCUUCAAAUUUGAUAGAUAAGAGCACAAGGGAGGGAAAGCAAGUGAUUGGCUCGCAAGAUCAUCAGCAAAUAAGUCGUACUAAUGUACAUGUGAAGGAAAAAGGCGCGAAAGAUGAGAAAGGAAAAGGCAUUUUAAUUGAUUAUUGACACCGAAACAGUCGAAUACGACUCGAUUAAUAGAUUGAGAAGGUGAAUUUUUACUGAUUUAACGAAUAGUCGAAGAAUUUUUCUCUUUUCUUUUCCCGUAAAAGCAAGUUAUAUAUAGGCUGCAGAAAUAGGAUUUGAUCAGAAUUGUUGUCUCUUAAGCUGUGUAUAUAGCGCGAAAUAUGAAUAUGAUUAGAUUAGUUGAUGAUUCAUUGAUCACACAGAGUCUAAAUUUAUGUAGCUCUCAUUUUAAGUUGUUUAUAAAGUUUGUAUUCAGUGAGACUAUUUAAAACUCAGUGCUAAGUACGCGCGAGAUUUAA